GUAGUCAUUGUAAAGCAGCAAAAAUGGCGAGCAGGUGCAGUUUUACUGUGCUGGCGUUCAUUAUUUGUGUGCUAACUGCAUUUGUGUUUGCAGACAUUCAAGAAAAAAUCCCAGUUAGUGGUGAUGAUAGUGUCGUGAUAGAUGAUGCACAAACCGAACAUGAAGACUAUACGCCUACAACCGUUGAAAGCGAGAACCAAAUCCAGGAAGAGGCCGCGGGGGAACAGCAGUGGGAAGCUACAGUGAUGGGAACGACUCAGUCGGAUCCUCCAAGUGUCGAUGAAGACGUCCCGGACACCGAAGAAUCUCCUCCUCCACCUCCGCCUGAUAAAGAUACGUUUCAAGAAGAAUUGGUGAUAAGACCGCUUCAUUCUGGUGACAUUUAUGCCAGUUUCCAGUUCGCAACUCUUUGGGAUACAGACUUCGUGCAAGGAAGUAAAGUGUCCCACUAUCGCCUGUUCCCCAAGUCCCUGGGCCAGGUGAUAUCCAAGUUCUCAGUGCGGGAGCUGCACAUCUCCUUCACGCAGGGCUACUGGAGGACCAUGCAGUGGGGCCAGCCCUUCCUGCCAGCGCCCCCUGGUGCCCAGCUGUGGGUUUGGUUCCAGGACUCGGUCACCGAUGUUGAUGGAGCCUGGAAAGAGCUGACCAACGUCCUCUCAGGGAUCUUCUGUGCUUCUCUCAACUUCAUCGACUCUACCAACACUGUGCAGCCCAGUGCUUCGUUCAAACCUCUAGGAGUGGGCAACGUGACAGACCCCCGUUUUCUACGCUACGCUGUUUUGCCUCGGGAGAUCGUCUGCACGGAGAAUCUCACACCGUGGAAGAAGCUCCUGCCAUGUGGAUCAAAGGCGGGCCUUGCUGUCCUGAUGAAGUCAGAGAAGCUGUUCCACAGCAGCUUCCACUCUCAGGCUCUGCACAUCAGACCCGUGUGCCAGGACUGGAGGUGUACGUCCACAGCGUGGGAGCUGAGACAGACGCUGAGCGUGGUGUUUGACCUGCACACCUCCGGUCAGGGUAAACGAGAUUGGUCGCUGUUUAAGAUGUUCUCUCGCACGCUGACAGAAGCCUGCCCGCUGGCCUCCUCCAGUAAAGUCUAUAUUGACGUCACUGACAACCCUCAGGGGGAGCUGUUUGAGCUGAGCCCAGCCACCCCUCUGCUGAGCCAGGCUGUGGUGCUGGGGGACCGGAGGACCUACGCCGUGUACGACCUCACCAGACAGGACACCUUCGGAACCCUCCGCUCGCUCAACAUGCUGCUGCGCUGGAGGGGUUCAGACGGAGGCGACAUGCUGCGCCCCCUUCUCCACAGCGAGCGCUACGUGGCGGGCUACGGCCUGCAGACCGGGGAGAUCCACACCCUCAUGUACAACAACCACCCGUACCGGGCCUUCCCUGUGUUGCUGCUGGACACGGUGCCCUGGUACCUCCGUCUCUACAUCCACACCCUGACCGUCACCAGCAAGGGACGCCCCAACAAGCCCAGCUACAUCCACUACCAGCCCUCUAAGGACCGCCUGAGGCCCCACCUUCUGGAGAUGCUGCUCCAGCUGCCCCCCAACUCGGUCACCGAGGUGACGGUGCAGUUCGAGAGGGCUCUGCUCAAGUGGACCGAGUACACCCCCGACCCCAACCACGGCUUCUACGUCGGGUCUUCUGUCAUAAGCGCUCUGGUGCCCAGCGUCGUUGCCAUGGAUGCCAACGUUACACAGGAGCGUCCUCUGUUCAGUAGCUUUUUCCCCUGUAAGGAAGAAUCCAGCUACUUCAUCAGAGUCUACACGGAGCCCCUACUGGUUAACUUGCCCACUCCAGACUUCAGCAUGCCCUACAACGUCAUCUGCCUCACCUGUACCGUGAUCGCCGUGGGUUACGGAUCUCUCUAUAACCUCCUGACCCGAACCUUCCAGGUGGAGGAGCCCAGCCCAGGCCUGGCCAAGAAGCUAGCUAACGUCAUACGCAGGCUCCGGGGAGUGCCACUGCUGUGAGGCACCAUGCUAAUGCUAACACGAACAAGCACUGGAUUUAUUUACUUUUUUUGUUCUGGCCAAGGGAAAGACCACUGAAGAAAUGUGACAGGGACUUUUAAGGGAAGUACUUGUGUGAAAACUUGUGGCAUAUUUUUUUUUUUCUGGUACAGUUUUAUAUCAAGGAAGAGAACAAAGGAGUGACACUUUUUAGAGUCUUUAUUUAAAACACUGAUGGACUUUCAAGGCAUUUUUGUUUUGCCUGUGAAGAUGGUCUUUCCUUCCUCCGUGCACUACUAAUGUGGGUCUAGUGAGACCUAGAAGGGCUUUGCUAAUGUCUGUGGAUGGACCCAAAGUCUGUUGCCCGUGUUUCAGGGGGACUUGGGGGUUUGAUCUAUAAAAUUAUGACUGUAACAAUAAAAAUGACUAAAAGCCUAUUUUACGUUAUUGGCUGACAUGCCUGCCAAUGAAUCCAUAUGGUUAGCCUAUAGUCACCAUCAUUAACUGUAACUGAUAUAAUUCAGUAUGAACGAUUGUUUAUUUUCCUUCUACAGUAUCUAAACAAAACAAGUCUUUUUAAUUCUAUCGAUGAAUGCAUGUUGAAAUGUUUGACGCACUGACUGACACAAUGUUUCAUAAAUAGUUGCCUUUGGUUGGUUUUUAAAAUGUUUGGGGUUACAUUUCUUGUUACUCAAAGAACCAGUUGAUGCAUUUUUGUUGGAAACAGUGCCCCUAAAAAAAUUACAUUUAUAUUAACACUUAUGUUCAAGAUAAAGUAUUAGGACAUUUCAUACAUCCUUACUUACUACCAACUACACCAAAUGGUAACUUUGAUGUCUUCACUUGUGUUUGCUGUGCAAGAUACUAUUGCAGUAGUAAAACUCUGGUCUAUACAAUGAGUGGAUUGUACCAAGAGGAAGGUGAAUGUGUGAAUAUGUUUGGGAGAACUGGGAUAUUUAUUAUUGUCUUUUCAAUAAAUACAGUAUA